GGUUUACGGGCAGUUUUCCUCGUUGGGAUGCUGAGCAGCGGUUUUGGUGCGCAGUUACGCAACACCCCCGCCUGUCCUGAGCUAUAAACGGAUCAGCGUCUCUCCGCAGCCUCUCCGCUCCUGCAGCCAACCUGACACCGGCCAGCUCUCAGCUUUAGCAGACUAGUGACUUCUGUCCUACUGUGGUCAUCAUGGGAAAGGAAAAGCUCCACAUCAACAUCGUUGUGAUUGGCCAUGUGGACUCUGGCAAGUCCACCACUACAGGGCACCUGAUCUACAAGUGUGGUGGCAUUGACAAGAGAACUAUUGAAAAGUUUGAGAAGGAAGCUGCUGAGAUGGGAAAGGGUUCAUUUAAGUACGCCUGGGUGCUUGACAAGCUGAAGGCAGAGAGGGAGCGUGGCAUUACGAUCGAUAUCUCACUUUGGAAGUUUGAGACCAGCAAGUACUAUGUUACCAUCAUAGAUGCUCCAGGCCAUAGGGAUUUCAUCAAGAACAUGAUCACUGGUACCUCACAGGCAGACUGUGCAGUACUCAUUGUAGCAGCAGGUGUGGGAGAAUUCGAGGCCGGCAUUUCCAAGAAUGGACAAACGCGGGAGCAUGCUCUCCUGGCGUACACACUCGGAGUGAAGCAGCUCAUUGUGGGCAUCAACAAGAUGGACUCAACCGAGCCUAACUACAGCCAAAAGCGAUACGAGGAGAUUGUGAAGGAAGUGAGCACCUACAUCAAGAAAAUUGGCUACAAUCCAGACACUGUCGCCUUUGUGCCCAUCUCUGGUUGGAAUGGCGACAACAUGCUUGAACCAAGCCCAAAUAUGACAUGGUUUAAGGGGUGGAAGAUUAACAGGAAGGAUGGCAAUGCAUCGGGAACCACACUUCUGGAGGCUCUAGACGCCAUCCAGCCACCGACCCGUCCAACGGACAAACCUCUGCGUCUCCCCUUGCAGGAUGUCUACAAAAUUGGAGGUAUUGGAACUGUGCCUGUGGGUCGAGUGGAAACAGGAGUACUAAAGCCUGGUAUGGUUGUGACGUUUGCACCUGUUAAUGUGACCACUGAGGUGAAGUCUGUGGAGAUGCACCAUGAGGCACUGACAGAGGCCCUCCCAGGUGACAAUGUUGGCUUUAACGUCAAGAAUGUGUCAGUGAAGGACAUUCGACGUGGCAACGUAGCUGGGGAUAGCAAGAACGACCCCCCUCAGGAAGCUGCAAACUUCACUGCUCAGGUGAUCAUCCUCAACCAUCCUGGACAGAUCAGUGCUGGUUAUGCUCCUGUGCUGGACUGCCACACUGCUCAUAUUGCCUGCAAGUUUGCAGAACUUAAGGAGAAGAUUGAUCGCCGCUCCGGCAAGAAGCUGGAGGACAACCCCAAAUCUCUCAAAUCUGGGGAUGCUGCCAUCGUUGAUAUGAUUCCUGGCAAGCCAAUGUGUGUUGAGAGCUUCUCUGAGUAUCCUCCAUUGGGUCGUUUUGCAGUGCGCGACAUGCGUCAGACUGUGGCUGUAGGAGUGAUAAAGGGAGUGGAGAAGAAAGUGUCUACCACUGGUAAAAUCACCAAGUCUGCUCAGAAGGCCCAGAGGAACAAAUGAAUGUUGUGCUGCUCUGCCGACCAAAAGGUCUACCAAGGCAGGACAUCCCUCAUCCAACUCCAUCUUAUGAUUGGCCACUUCAAUUUAAUAAUCAAAGACUGGCUAAUCAUCACAAUGCAUCGCAAAAGCAUUCGAAGGAAAGAAAAAUGUUCAUUCUUUAAUCCAUGUUGCUGUACUCUCGACAUCGCUGUACAUCUCAGCGGUUAGACUACCAUCCUGUAACAUGCGAUGACAAGAAGUUGAACAUAAAAACCAAAAUGGUAUUAAAUGUAAGCUGUUGGUUUGGAUCAUGGUAAUACCUCUGUGACACUGAACAAAUAGAAAUACACUGUAAAUCUUACCGUCCCUCUAGCUGUCUGGAGUGCUGGGCCUGGGUCUCUUUACAUGUUGUUGUGCUUUUAGUGUGUGCACCUACAUGCUGCUCUAUAACAACCAAUGGCAAGACUAAAACGUGUUAGCUAAAACUGUUCUUCUCAGUAGUGUGUUAGUGGAACAUCUGUUCUAUUUAAGCUUUAAAUGCCACUUCUAAAAUGGUUUAAAUUUGUCCUUGUGGAGGGAUUCAAAGAAACCUCUCUUGACUCUUAAAGCACUUUGGCAGUUUGCUAACUCUGCACUUGUACUGCAGAAUACUGAAUUGUCAUAAGCUACUGCACCUUAUUGUGAGAUGGCAUGAGCCUCUUUGCAACAUUAAACAUCUUUCAACCAAA